UUCCGACACCCUCCGAAGAGGCAGGAGCCAGAGCCAAGCCGGUUGAUUUGUUUCCUAACCUCACUCCCGCUUCGUUCCUAUAGAGCUCUGAAUUUUGUUCUUCUGAGGCCAGUUAUCACAAGAUGUUCCUGGAAAUGCUGAACCCCAUGCACUAUAAUGUCACCAACAUGGUCCCGGAAGCUAUGCCGGUCAGCGCCAUGCCCCUGCUGCUGAUCAUGGGCCUCCUCUUCUUGAUAUGGAACUGUGAGAGCACAUCUUCCAUACCAGGUCCUGGCUACUGUCUGGGAAUUGGGCCCCUCAUUUCCCAUGGCAGGUUCCUGUGGAUGGGGAUUGGAAGUGCCUGCAACUACUACAAUAAGACCUACGGAGAGCUCGUGAGGGUCUGGAUCAGCGGGGAGGAGACGCUCAUCAUCAGCAAGUCCUCAGUCAUGUUCCACGUUAUGAAGCACAGUAACUACAUCUCCAGGUUUGGCAGCAAGCGUGGGCUGCAGUGCAUUGGGAUGCACGAGAACGGCAUCAUCUUCAACAACAACCCAGACCUGUGGAAGACAGUUCGCCCUUUCUUUAUGAAAGCUCUGACAGGCCCCGGCCUCGUUCGGAUGGUGGAAGUGUGUGCAGAGUCCAUCAAGCAGCAUUUGGACAGGCUGGACGACGUUACCAACAACUCCGGCCACGUAGAUGUGCUGACCCUCAUGCGACACAUCAUGCUGGACACCUCGAACAUGCUCUUCCUGGGGAUUCCCCUGGAUGAAAGUGCCAUUGUGAAAAAAAUCCAAGGUUAUUUUAAUGCAUGGCAGGCUCUCCUCAUCAAACCCAACAUCUUCUUUAAGAUUUCUUGGCUCUACAGAAAGUAUGAAAGAUCCAUCAAGGACUUGAAAGACGAGAUAGCUGUUUUGGUGGAAGAGAAAAGACAGAAGGUUUCCACAGCACAGAAGCUGGAAGACUGUAUAGAUUUUGCAACUGACUUGAUUUUUGCUGAGAGGCGUGGAGACCUGACGAAGGAGAAUGUGAACCAGUGCAUACUGGAGAUGCUGAUCGCGGCACCUGACACCAUGUCCGUCACUCUGUACUUCAUGCUACUUCUCAUUGCAGAGUACCCUGAUGUUGAAAUUGCAAUACUGAAGGAAAUCCACACUGUUAUUGGUGACAGAGACGUAAGGAUUGAUGAUAUCCAAAAUUUAAAAGUGGUGGAAAACUUCAUUAAUGAAAGCCUGAGGUACCAGCCCGUCGUGGACUUGGUCAUGCGCAGAGCCCUGGCGGAUGAUGUGAUUGAUGGCUACCCAGUCAAGAAGGGAACGAACAUCAUUCUGAAUAUCGGAAGAAUGCACAGACUCGAGUAUUUCCCCAAGCCCAAUGAAUUUACCCUUGAAAACUUUGAGAAGAACGUUCCCUUCAGGUAUUUUCAGCCGUUUGGCUUUGGGCCCCGCAGCUGUGCUGGGAAGUACAUCGCCAUGGUGAUGAUGAAAGUCGCCCUGGUUACACUUUUGAAGAGAUUCCAUGUGAAGACAUUGCAAAAACGAUGUAUUGAAAACAUGCCCAAAAAGAAUGACUUGUCCUUGCACCCCAAUGAGGACAGACACCUUGUGGAAAUAAUUUUCACUCCAAGGAAUUCAGACAAGAACAUCAAGCAGUAAAGCAGUGUGGGGUGUGUCUCCUCUGGAGCAUACUCUGUCAACCUCGCGAUGAACUUGUGACGGCCUGAAGAGUUUGUGGUUUGUCAGCAAGAUGGCCACCAUCCAGAAAGCCAGGAUGCAAAGAAAAGGAGAGAGACUGAAGCCUUAAAGGACAGAGCCUACAAAAUAGACCUUGGGAAAGACAGGCAGUUAACCCUGUCAGUUAACCCUGCCUGGUCUCGCUGCUGUCACCAGCACAUCUAAAGCCUCUGCCAGAAGUCGCUAUAAGGACCAGGCAGACCCACUACUGUGAAUAAGGAAUCAAGGCGUGUUCGUGUGCGCGUGGUGAGAGUGGGUAGGGAACGGCACCCCAGACUCUUCCCACAAGCUAAGCCCAGUUGCUUCUGAUGAGCCCACAUGUAAGCUGCUUGGGGCAGAAGUUAAACUUGAGGGCACCUUUUCCUACUCCCCAUUCAUGUCCCCAGAUAUGUAGUUUUGCUGUAGUAGGUAUAGACUCGGGUAAACAGACCUAAGUAGUACUAGCCUGAUUAAAAUCAGGGAGAAAAAUCACACGGUGCGCUUCAAAUAAAUAAGUUUUAUUUUCUUUCUUUUUUUUUUUUUAUGCUUGCACUAUCGCUUAGUUCGUUUUCUUACUUUAGUUUGGGGGAAAGAAAGCCCUCUGUGUCUACAUCUAAUGCAGCAUCCCAGGGGACCUCGACUUCUGAAGAAUCAUCUCUCUAUUUGACGUACCUUCUUACCUCCUCACCCUGUGACCCCAUUUUUCCAAAGAGCAAAGGUUAAGCCCUUGCAAAUCAUUUUUUCAUCCUACCUCAGAUUUAAUAGCUCUCCUAGAGAUCUAACCAACGACCGGCUCACCGAAUCACUGUAGCCAUGGGUCAAGUGGACACCGUGGAGUCAGCUCGCUGGGCGCCACACAAGUGAUUCAUUUUCUGUCCAUCACUUCGGGUUCCAAAGUCGCUCCAAAUAUAUGUAAUAGUAUUCGGUAACUUAAAAACUGAACAUUAAAGCUCACUUACAAAUAUGACACGUCCCUCGAGUUGACAGCCAUCAUGCCCUGCAUGAAGAUUCUGUCUGUUUUACUGUUUAGCAACAAGGCCGCAGACGAGUGUAAAAUACGUAUAGGUGCCUUGAAAGCAUGAACUCUCUUUUGCUCUACACCUCUAUCCUUUCUCCAUUCCUAACCUGGCUUUCCUUAUUCACUGUCAAGAUGAGCUCGACAUAAACACAUAGACACAGAGACAGUCUAAAAAAAAAUUCAAGGACGAACCUUGUCAGGAAGGACAUAUUUGAGCUUGACGUUAUAUAGAUUAAAGAGAGAUAGUGUGUAACUGUCUACCCAAAUCUGUCUGUUUGCAGGUCUAGAUAAUCAUCCAAGUCAUUUUGACUCUUACGAGCAAGGUGAGGGUCCGCAUAUCAAGCUAAUUCACUUGACAAUUCUAUUGCUAAUCAUGUCAGAAUAUUAUAGUUAUAAUAGAAUGAUCUAUUGUCAUAAUUAUAAUAAUUAUGUUAGUCUAUUGGUAAUUCCUGCUGUCUCCGGAGCUGUGUAAUUGAAGAGACUUCAGACUGGUAGUGUUCACUCACGUAAUUCUCCUGGAAUAUCUGCUUUUACUUCACAUGUAAGCGUGCAUCUGAGCCUAUAUUUUUAUAGUGAAACGGGAAGCUGAGAGAGUUAUAUCUAGAUAAUGUGGACAUAAGAAUAUGUUUGGAAAGAAAACCAGGAGUCGGGGGCAGGAACAUGGAGAGGACAGAAGGAGGAGAAGCGCUUGCUCGAUAUCUGGCUAACUCUUGAACUUACCCUCUUUGAACAAACACCAUAUGUUUCUACCGGUUGGACUAAGGAGUACCUGUGCAUUGGUUUCCCAGUAGGCUGAUGAACACAUAUUUGAAAAUCCUAUUAUCUCUUCAAAAUAUUGUAUAUUGUUAAGUGUUUGUUACCCUUGCAUGUACCACAGAUUCUACUGUUGUCCGUUCUCAAAGAACUAGAAUGUGUGUUACCAAUAAAAUCCGUGUAUGCAUGUG